CGCUCGCUCGCCACGCGCCGCACUGACUCCAGUCCUUGCCUCCCAAUUCUCUCCACCGUGCACCGUCUCCUCGCACCUCGCACAUCCUCGUCUCGCCCCUCCAACCCUCCCGCCCGCCUUCUUCCACUCUUUCACUCUCAAACUUUUCCAUUCUCUUCUCGCUUUUCUCUCCUCUCCUCAUCUCCUUUCCCAACCCCCUAAUUAUUCACUCCUCUCGGCGUCAUGGGCUGGUUCCGUCGCGUCCGCGGCAAGUCUCCAAAAGCUCCGGCUUCCGAGCCUGCCAUCCCCACCCAUAUCCGCCAAGAAUCAAUCGACCUUGUAGAGAUCAACCAGGCCGACGUCGAGGGUUACUCAGAGGAUUCUGCCCGACAAGCACCAUAUGCCCCGUCCGGCCAGCGCAUGGCAACACUUCACCUCUCACCCUCUGAGACUAACCUCUACCUCCAGGCUCUCGCCGGUCUCGACAAGGUCAAUCCGAACCUUCCUCUGUGGAGCGAGCCAGCCCCCGCUCUCCCCAGCCUCUCGAUAGACCCACAGCCCCUCCCGGCCCCCCAUAUCCCGUAUCCCACUACACCUGACAUUAUACCAGCCCUCCACCCGAAUCGUCAGAAUAGGCAGCAUGGCUUGCUCGUCCUUUCCGGCGACUCCAGCGUUCAGAUCACAGGCUUCCCCGCUAUCGUGGUGGCCGACUUGGAUGCAGCCUUGCAGACAUGGAAACCGGGGGUCGCGUCGCGUAGCGAGGACCUCGACUAUGUGGCCAAGCGUCAUUCUGAAAUGCCUGUCUGUUGGAAAGCCGAGUUGAGAGGCAAGGUCUGGCGGCUUAAAGGAACGCAAGAGCUCGAAUCCAUCCGCUUGCUACUUGCUAUCUUCACCGCUCUCGCCCGCCACGGGUUUACUAUGGUUGGUGGCAUCCAACCGGCCACAUCCAAACCCGAAUCGCACAACCUUCUGUUCACGUACACGCCCGAUAUCGAAGAGAUCCCGCCGUUAUUCUUCGCGGUUUCCCUUCCGCUGCCGGACCGCAUCUCGCUCAUCAAUCCGCCGCUGCGCCUGUCAGGGCAGCUUCUCUCGUCAAUCCGCAGUUCCAUUACGAGCCUCCACCGACCGCUACCACAGCCGACGCUCUCCCACUUCAAGGCCAUCAAGCUCGAAGGCUGGGUGCAUCCUGGCGUCUAUCGGUUCUGGCUCGCAGGUCUCCGCCGCUGGCCCGCAGGGGCUGGCGGAGUGAAAAGAGAUGUUGUCGCCAGACUGCACCCGCUACUCGUUCUCGGAAUUGCAGACGCAGUGAAGUCGCUCAAGUUCGCCUUCGUCGGCUCGGUGCCCCUCCUUCCUCGCGCCGCUGCCCGUGAUGUCUUGGUCUUCUCCAGCACCCCGGAGUCUCAGCUGUGUUACCGCGAUGCCUAUUCAGAAGAGAGCGAAAGAAACAGACUGUCGGCCCUCAUCAGAUCAGCCAGCGCCCGAAGCCGCCAGGGAAGUUCCGACGAUCGUACGAACAGCAGCUCCGACAGGCAUGCCACGAGCCUCAUCAAUCGGCCCCACCCUAUUCAGAGCCGCAGCCGCAGCGGCGGUAGUUACACGAGCACCGACUUUUACCCCGGCGCGCACUCGUCUUCGCCGGCUGUGCCCCCAAAGCCCUCCGUUCAUAGGCUCCAAACCCAGGCCAGCUAUGACGAGAGCGCGUUUUCUCGCCCCAGCGCCCGCACAAGCCUGGAACGCGAGCGGCGUACCAGUAUAGACCAGGCAUCCAACGACUCGCGCCGCCCUUCCAUGGCAACCGAACCACCACUGGUGCCUGAGAAGGGUCGGUUGAACACGACGACGCCAAAGACGGCACCCAAGCCUCUGCGAAUGUUCGCCGUCGACUCGCCGUCGCCACCCAUGUCGCCAGUCGGCUCCCCGACGUCACCCACAACCUCCGGAUCGCCUCAGAUAAGUUAUAACGAUUUCCUCUAUCAUCCCCUGGGAAACGGGCCCAGGAGUGUUCGGACCACUUCGGGAAACCUAAGCAUGACCGCAACCGCGUCCCCCUCCCAUCAUCUACCACCUCGCCAUCUUAGUGGCGGCGCAAUGAUGGCCUAUCCACCUCUUUCGCCUGGGCAUGCAGCCGAGAGAGCGGAGGGCCACAUCCCUCUCCUCUCGAUAGACACAGACUCCAUCUCCACGCGCAGCAGAUACUCGAGCGACUCGCCAAGGCCACAGGCUGUUGAUGACUGGAGCCCCGACCCACCGAGCACGAUAAAAUCGCCCGUGAGCGACAUAUCCUCGGCAUUUGUUACACCACCCUCAUCUCCGGACACUUUCGCCCGAUCUCGUUCACCAAACCCCUACGCCGUGAGCGGAACGCCUCCAAGCAUGGCGAGGGGAGGUAUCUUCCCUACUUCGGCUCCCGCCCCCGUAUCCGUCCCAAGUCGAUCGCCACACCGCAUGCCGCCCAUCGCCGCCGCCCACCACUCCGGUGCCUCCAAUGGUGAUCAUGCAGACACCAUCCGCGGCAUGGGUCGUGAUCGCGCCGCCGCGCUCUCCCGCACGAGCAUGAAGUCGCAGGACUCGUACGUCAGUGCGGCCUCCUCCCGUCCUCCCGGGAUGGGAAGCACGCGCACCCGCAUCCACUUGAGCAUGAGCAAGUAGGCGCGCGGGCGCGCAGAUGAGCUCAACUCGUAAUACGUGAUAGUAGUGUACAUUGAUGCACCAUGAUGCAGUCUAGCGUCGCUGUCCGAUAAGCUUGGCCCCUGUCCCGCUGAGCCCCGACAUCCCAA